AGGGGCCCAUGCAGGAGCAGUAAGAUUGCUCACUGAGAUGAUCCUGCAUCCUGCAGUCGGAGUCAAGCCCGUAUUCCGUCGGGCUAACUAAAGGCAGACAUCAAUCUACUCGGGAUGAAAUGAAUGGUUUCUGGCAUGAGUGGUCGAUGUAGCUCAGUGUCAAAAUCAAAACAUACUGAAGGGAUCCACACAGAGCAUUCAACACCGUUGGAGAAGCCGGCUAUUGAUGCAUGCCGCAUUGGAUCUGAGCGACAGUCAAUAGUGGCAAUUCCUUUUGAUGGCUGGAGAUUUCAUAACAAAUUAUUUGCAUUCAUUCAAUUUGUUGUUUGCCAUCCGUGCCUCGAGGCGGGCUAUCCCCACCCUCCGGAUGGGCUUCCGUGCCGGCGAAGGAGACCCGGUGAAGCCCUCAUUUUUCCCAAAUAGCAGAGGAUCUGCUUGAGUCGUGAGGCUGUCAAUCUCUGACGGGGCGGGGAUUUCGCUACACAAGAUGUCUGAAUUAUUUGGACCGUGACUCCUGGAAAGUUGGAGGGGUUUUUUUUCUCAUUCUCCUACUGUUUUUUG